AUGCCUCUUGCAGGAACCCCAGCUCCCAAAAGGAAGAGAAAACCUACUAAACUCAUUUUAGAAUUAACCCAAGAAGGGUCCAAGCUGAACCUCGGGAAGAAGAUCAGCAUUCCCAGGGAUGUGAUGUUAGAAGAACUCUCUCUCCUUACCAACAGGGGAUCCAAGAUGUUUAAACUUCGACAGCUGAGAGUAGAGAAAUUCAUAUAUGAAAACAACCCUGAUGCCUUCUCCAACAAUUCUGUGGAUCACUUCCAGAGGUUUAUCCCAUCUGAUUGCUAUAGUGGUGGGAGAAUGAUGAGUGGUGUAACUGUAGGACCAUACGGAUCCAGCAAGCUGCACUAUCCUCCCACUCCUCCUGCAAAGCCUGGGAGCAAAGGUGGUGCUGGAGGAACUGGGACUGGCCACAGCGAGGGAUCUGCCGGCAGAGGGGGAGGAGUGGACGGAGGUGGAAAUGGAAAUGAGGCUGGGGGUGGAAAAGAACAGCUACCUUUAUUGCUAGAAAUGAAAAUAGCUUUAUAUGAGCCCUAUCUGUUAUCAAGGAGUGAGACCUUUGCAGGUGAAAAUAAAAGUGGGAGUGGGAAAGGAAAGGUUUCCCUUCCUAAGACCUACAUUUCUCCAUGGGAAAGAGCCCUAGGCAUCACCCCACAAGAGAAAAGUGAAUUCAGCAUUGAUCCCUUGUCUAAUGGCACCAAAGCUGACCUCUGCCUUUAUAAAUCUUUCAAUAGAACUGCAAUGCCGUAUGGGGGAUAUGAGAAGGCAAUCAAAUUGAUGACCUUCCAAAUGCCUGAAUUUGAAGUUGGCCCUUUGCUACCUGAGCCUCUAAUUGUGUAUAAUCAAGAAGUCUCCAAUCGACCCUCCUUUAACAGGACCCCAGUACCCUGGCUGGGGUCGGGAGAACCAACUGAAUACAACAUCGAGGUGAAUGUACCACCAGCAGGUGAAACUGAAGAAUUAUAG